AUGUUUGUGAAUAUGAAUGAGGAGUUUGGGGAUACUAUAAUAAGUUCUGAUCAGUUGCUUUCGCUUGGGCUUCGGGGGCUUCGUAAUAUAGGUAACACUUGUUACAUGAAUGCCGCUCUACAAGCUUUAUCUAAUUGUCCACAUUUAACAGAAUUCUUCCUCGAGUGCCAUGACGUCCUUGAUCCAAAUCGAAGGCUUGUGUUAUUUAAUCAUUAUUGUACACUUCUCUCUGAAUUUUGGGGCAAUGAAAGACCACGCUGUUUCACUGCAAACACAAUUUUAGAUGCUUUCUGUAUUGUGCACCCAAUGUUCAGAGGUUAUGCACAACAAGAUGCUCAAGAAUUCCUUAGACUAUUUUUAGUUCAACUGCACGAGGAACUAAAACAUUCAAAACUUUCAAGUCCCAGUAAAAGAGGCAUCAAGCAAACAGCAACAACAAAUACUGGUCCAUCAGAUAAUAGCAACAAUAGCAUAAUUACCGAUGUCUUUCAAGGUACACUAGUUAGUUCUGUCCGUUGCCUUUCAUGCAGCCGGCUUUCUAACCGAGAAGAAUCAUUCAUGGACUUAUCCCUUUCCCUUACUAAACCAACUGUACAAACAUAUUCAUCCUCUUCUUCCAUUAAUCAAUCAACAAACUCCUCUUUAAUGAAUGGUUCCGUAACUACAGGUUCAAGAGUAAAGAAUUUCUCAAUAUGUCCAAAAUUAUCUAAUGAUUUACAACAAACGCAAUCAUCAAAUUCAUUAAAUAAAAAAUAUUCUACACUUGAUCGAUCGAAGAGGAGAAAAUCAUUUUCAUCUGUCACAACAAUUGUUGAUCGUCUAGUGACGGGUAUUCCUUGGUUAUUGACUAUGCUUUUAACAUUAACUCAUAUAUUUUUAUCCUAUGUACAAAACUUUAUACCUUCACCUAAACGUUGGAUAAAUAAAUGGUCUACUCUUACACUUGAAGAUUGUUUAUCUCAUUAUUUUUCUGAAGCAGAAUUAGUUGGUGAAAAUGGAUAUUUCUGUGGAAGAUGUAAUCAACGGUGUAAUGGUUUAAAACAGUUUAGGCUUGUCGCCUUACCGGAAAUUCUUACACUUCACUUGAAACGAUUCAGUAGUAAUCAUUUGUAUUCAUCGAAAUUAUCAUCUCCAGUAAAUUUCCCAUUGAAAAAUUUAGAUCUUUCACCGUUUCUUCAUCGUGAUUGUACAGAUAAGAUUACAACUUAUGAUUUAAUUGGUGUUAUUUGUCAUUAUGGUGGUUGUGGCGGUGGUCAUUAUACAACUUGUGCAUAUAAUCCAUCCACUGAGCAUUGGUAUGAAUUCAAUGAUGAACAUGUUCGAAAAUUAGAUACUGAACAAGUGGAAUCAUUGAAAAGUUCCGCAUAUAUUUUAUUUUAUCGAAAACGUGACACACAUUUGGAACCAUUACGUCAUUCUUGGCAAUUAACACCACCGGGUAAAAUGUGUUAUAUUAGUAAACCUUGGGUUGUUCGGUUUUGGACAUGGGCUGAACCAGGUCCAAUAACAUCGGAAUUUCUCUGUGAACAUGGUUAUUUUCGACCAGAAUUAUGGAGUAUGCGUAAUUCAUUAACUGUAUCCAUUCCGGAAAGUAUUUGGUCUAAUCUAUAUGAAAUAUUCGGUGGUCAUGAAAUUAUUCGUGAAUUAAUCCCGUGUGAUAAUUGUUCUGAUGUUAUUUCUAAACGACAGAAAUAUGAAUUAUCAGAAAUUAUGAGGGUUAGUUCAUCGAUCACUCCAUCGUCUACAUCUUAUGCUAUCAGUAAAAAAUGGUUAGAUAUGUGGUUACAAUUUGUCAAAGGCCAAAUAUGGGAAGCUCCUGGUCCAAUUGACAAUUCUGAUAUUAUGCCAUGCAGUAAUAAUAAAUCUCUUUAUUCUUAUCCUCAUAAUGGAUCAAUGAAUUGUUCCAAUCGACGAUCAUUAACAAUUCCACUUGGUAAUUAUGAAUGUAUAUCAUCUGAAGUAUGGAGUCUUUUAUUUAAUAUUUAUGGUGGUGGUCCAACAAUCUCUGUAUGUCAACCGACUUAUUCAUCAUUAUCGGUAAAUAAUAAUACUGAUGAUAAUGAUAAUAGUAAUAAUAAUAAUAAUAAUCAUAUUGAUGACAAUCAAAUUGAUGAUUUAUCUGACCAUAGUUCUUCGGAUCAAUUAUCACGUAAAAGUUCGUCAACUUCGUCAACGCCUAUCGAUGAACAUCAACCACCUUCACCACCACCAACACCAUCACAACAGCAACAACAACAAUCAUCUCCUCCUCCUAAGUCGAUGGAAACUGAUGAACAAGACCAAAUUCAAAAAAAUUUGGCUAAUGGUGAUUGUCAUUCAGAUGAUGAAAAUAUCUCGAACCAUUUGAAUUGGUCCAAUAAUCAUCAAUCUCAUUUAAUGAAGAAUCAUCAUUGGGAUAAUAAAAUGGAUAACGAAACGGACUGGUCAAAUUUCUCCAUAGAUUCUAACUUAUCCAAUGGUAAUAACAAUCAUAUUGACGUGUACAAUCAACAACAACAUGCGAAUCAGUCAAUUCAAACAAAACUAAAUCAUCCCAAUAAAUGUACACAAUCAUUAUUAUUAAAUGGAGAUUGUCAUCUGUCGUCAAAUGAAACAACAUCAUCAUCAUCAUCAUUGAACAUGUUGAAUGGUUGUUGUAAUUCUAUUGCUGCGACCAAUUCCAAUCAUCCAGUGACGAAUAAUACUGAUCAUAAUAAAUCUGUCCAAAAUACUAAUAAUUCAUUGGUUGACAAAACUACUACAACAACGACCAUUGGCUAUUUUGGUGAUUAUAAUCCAUUGGAUUUGUUAAAUCAUAAUAAACAUGUGAUUGUUAACAACAGUAAUAAUAGUAAAUGUAUUAAAUAA